AUGAUGGGUCAUACAGUGAGCUCAUCACCCGAUCAUGGUUUACCGAAACUAACAGUUAUUAACUUGCCCAACAGGCACCCGACGCUAGACGAGAUGUGGGUGAGCUUCACUAGGAGUCCUGGGGAGGGAAGCCACUGUGCUUGCGAAGUUCUGUUAGUUUUGGUAAAUUAUGAUCGGGUGACGAGCUCACUGUAUGACCCAUCAUUGCGGAGAUGGCUUCCAGAUCAAAAUUUCAGGGGGAAAAUAUAUUGUUUCAUCAAAAAGCGCUAUCUGAGGGAUCGCCCAACUGUACGAAUAAUUGACAUUGGGGGUCAGCUUCGGGAGGCGAAUAUGGUGAGCUCCGUGCUGAGGGAGGAUAAAUUCAUUGGAUUUGUUGUUUAA